AAGUGAACUAGGUAUAUAAAAAAAGGAAAAAGAAAUUUCCGGUGUGGCAAAUCGGCUCGUCCCACGCGAGAGAGAGAGAGAGAGAGCACACGCACGCGUGUAUAAUUGCAAAUGCAGCGCGCAGUGCAAGUGUGCGGCCGAUGCAUGCGAGGUAGUCGCGGCUAUGUGCUACAUAUAGCUACAACACGGCUAUCGCACGCAGAGCUCUGCACGUAAUGCGACGCGCACACACACACACACAACAAUUGUAGGGCAUUCAUGCCUGACGUGCGCUGACCCUUUAUUAUGUAUAAAGCAGCUCCGCGUACGCAGGUAGGCUUUGGCCCGCCGCGGCUCGACGCAACUAGUCCACUCUCGCGUGUCCCGGUCUCGCCUGCGUACGUAUACAUCGUCGAAAGGAUGAAUUUUCUCGCGCCCGCCGCUGGUGACACGAUCCAAUUGGGCCUCAGCAUCGACAAUUAACGAAAGGAUGACGAGAAAAGUGUGCGGCAUCGUGGCGCUCCUCUUGAUAAUAAUCGCCGAGGCCGAGCUCCUCUUCUCCUCGACCAUCAAGCCCAAGCGCUUCGGCGCCGAUGUCUCCUACUCGCUGCUCUACGGCAAGAAGCAGCAGCACUCGGAGGAGCGGCUGAAGAGCUCGAAGCGCGUCUCGUCGUCCUCGAACUCGGAGGAGCUCGAGUCGUUCGUCGUGAGCAACAGCAGCGGCAAAAGCAAAGCCUCGAGCAAGCUGAUCUACGACUCGUCCUCGGGGCCGAUCAGCGACAUCGAGUACGCGAGCUCGCCCGUGGCCCUCGCGGAGCAGCCCCAGCAGCAGCAGCAAGAGCAGCAGCAUCGGCUGCCGCUGGUCGUGCCGACCGUCAGCGUCGACGAGGCCUUCUGCGACUUUGGCCCGCUGCCGUCGCAGUCGCUGUGCGAGUGGCAGGACGGCUGCGGCUCGGUCAAAUGGCAGGCCAGCACCGGGCUGACGGCCAACUGGCUGGGCGGGCCGACGAUCGACUCGACCAGCGGCACCCCCGAGAGCGGCUACGGCUUCGUCGAGACGUCCAAGAGCUCGGAGAGGCGUUCGAGCGUCGGCCAGAGCGGCUUCCUGCACAGUCCCCAGCUGGCCAGCACGAGCGUCGCCGGCACCUGCCUCAUGUUCAAGUACGCCAUGGACGGCCUCAGCCCCGCCGGCAUGAGGAUACUGCUGCACUCGGGCUACGACGAGUUCAGCUCGACGAUAAGCAAGUCGAGCGGCGCCAACGAGACCGCACCGCCGGGCGUCUACUCGUGCGGCAGUGCUACAACUAGCCAAGGACCCCUGCAGAGCGUCGCCGCGGCGAGGCAGUCGCGCCUCGACGAGCGCAUCCUCUGGAACGCCCGCUACCACGACCUCGGCACCUGGCAGCAGGGCCAGCUGCUCUACACCUACCCGGAUACCCACACGCUGAUAAUCGAGGCCAUACCCGUGGACGAAAAGGACCCGUCGCGAUCUUACCGGGGCUACGUGGCGAUCGACGACAUCGACCUGCAACCGGGCACGUCCUGCGUAGGCUUCUGCAACUUCGCCGGUGGCUUCUGCGACUGGACCAACGAAGCCGAGGACGACUUUGACUGGUCUAUCAGCCGAGGGAGCAAAAACCCGACGACCGGGCCGGUGACCGACCGAACGGACUCGAGCACGGGGGGCGGCUACGCCUACAUCGACUCGGCGUAUCCUCGGCGCGCCGGGGACGUGGCCCGGCUGGCCAGCGUCGUGCUGCCGGCCAGCGCCGUCGACUCGCCCCAGUGCAUGCACUUCGCCUUCCACAUGUUCGGCUCGGGCAUCGGCCAGCUCGGCAUACACCUGCGGCACGCGCGAAGCCUCGCCGACGACGUCCAGGCCCAGGAGAUCUGGCGGCUCAAGGGCAACGCCGGCAACUCCUGGUUCGACUCGCGCGUCACCGUCGCCUCGACUCAGGACUUUCAGCUCAUCUUCGAGGCCAGCGUGGGAAACACGGCCAUGGGCGACAUCGCCAUCGACGACGUGUCCUUCACCAGCGGACCUUGUCCCACUUCGCCGCAAGUAGCCGCACCGGCGCAUUACCCGCGGGAUUGCGCCUUCGAGAUCGACGAGUGCGACUGGAUCAACGGGCGAGAGUCGAGCGUCGGCGGCGGCGGUGGCGGCGACUCGUUGGAUCCCUUGCCGAUCGGCGCCGGCUCGGCUGGCUCCCCGUCGGCCGGAAGUCACCACUCGAGCGGCCGGAACCGCGUCAACUGGGAGCGCGUCUCGCAGCAGAGCCUGAACUCGCGCCACCACCGCAAGCCCCACACCCUGACGACGACGAGGCCCCGCCAGGAGUACUUCAUGUCGCUGCAGAGCAACAGCCGGGGCGGCAGCUCGGCCUCGGCCUACCUCGUCAGCAGCGACAUCAAGUCGAGCCACCGUAGCAACAGCGAGCCCCUCUGCCUGAGCUUCUGGUAUCUCAUGUUCGAGUCGUUCAUCGACGCGGCCGGACCGAGCCUGGGCGUGCUCAGGGUCCUCGUGCAGCCCGUCGGCGACGGCAUCGACUCGGCCCUGCCCCUCUGGCAGCUCUACAACAAUCAGGGCCCCAGCUGGCAGUACGGCCAGGUGACCAUCGGCCCCGAGAAGCGCGACUACAGCAUCGUGUUCGAGGGCACCUGGGGCCCCAACCGGGCCAACGGCAACAUCGCCAUCGACGACAUCGCCUUCUACACGGGCAACUGCAGCGUCAAGCCGAGCAGCGCCUCGGUCAGGCCGCAGGACUGCAGCUUCGAGAAGGGCCUCUGCGGCUGGGAGAACCAGACGAGCCCGUCGAGCGGCAAGAACGACCCGAGGCUCCAGUGGCAGCGCGCCUACCCGAGCCAUCGGCCCGCCCAGCUCCUCGACAAGACCUUCUCUUCGCCCGGCGACUUUGUCUUCUUCGACAUCUUCUCGCCGAAUCAGAGGCGCGAGGUCAAGCUCAGGUCGCCCCUCGUCCAGUCGUCGGCGGCCCAACAGCCCUCCUGCUUCACCUUCUGGUUCGUGGCCUUCGGCGUCGAGGAGUCGACCGAGCUCAAGAUCGUUCUCAUGUCGCCGAACGACGACGUCGACGCCAACGACUCGCAGGAGCCCUCCGGCGAGUUCGACGAUAGCGAGCAAGUCCUUUGGUCGCUGACGGCCAAGGGCUUCAACAAUCCAAAGCCCCUGUGGACGUGGGCCCAAGUGACGAUAGAGCCACGAUCGUCGUAUCGUCUGAUUUUGCAGGGAAGCGCUAGUAAUGGAGGAUUCGCCAUCGACGAUAUUAAAUUUCAGUCUCAAGCUUGUCCAACGAGACCAGCGGAGGCGAGGCCAGCUUCAACUACUCCGUAAAAUACACAAAUCGAAAAUAGCUCAACAACGAAUAACGACCUCGAU